CCGUCAUUGAUCACGUGAUAAUGUUAUUUUGAAACUAGCAUCGGUAGCUACAUUCUGUCGGAUCAGUAGUGCUUUGAAAACUCCAUCGGAGCUCCGGUAUCAGUCGUCCCAUCACUACCUAGUUCAGUUGUAAAGCACCUGUUGUUUUUGUGCAGACCCUGUGACCUUUAAUUUGGAUCACCUUUGAUGGCAGGCGUCAUGGAAUCGGGUAAGAUGACUAGCUAACGUUAGACAAAGUAGGCUACAAACAAGUAUAAAGUAGCUAGCGGGUAUUGUCACUGCUUGUUUUAAAAGGAUGAACGCCCAAAUCAUGCAAGCUACUUUGCUAUCCUGAUGUAGCUCGAGUUAACGUUAUCUGCCUCCUGGUGCGCGUUCAGUACGACAGAACAGUGUACAACGUUUAUUUAAAUGGAAGGUACUGUACUGAUCGAACAGUUUAAGAACGUUGUGCUUAUGGUACCCCAUUCAUAGACGCUAACUGCUUUAGGAGUAUCUUCUGACCAGGGGGGUUUGUUAAGAGCCCCGACACUUCCUCUCAAAUGAAUCACUUGCGGUACGGUUUGGGAACAUACCUUUCAUAUCAGCGAGAUAUAAUAAUAAUAAUAAUAAUAAAAUAAAAACUUUAAUUACUACACACCUUUUAUAGGGUUAGUGUUCCCACAUGGCCAUAUCUCCAUGUUACAUCGCUUGUUUACAGAAGAAAGAUGGAAGACAUAGGCUGCAACCCAACCUGGUCUCAGAGCAUUUUGUAUUAUUCUCUAAGUAAAUCCGAGACAUGUAUGAUAUGUUACCUUUCGUAUGGUAUGUAUUAGUUUGUAUUAUAUGUUACGAAAUGUGCUAAAUGUGACUCGUUUCAGGAAACUAUGCGUAUGUCGCGCAUCACUACUUCACAGGAGAGGCAUUUGAACAUAAAAAUCUUUGGGACAGAAAUGCCUUCUGAAACAUGUGAACUUUCAUGCGCCUUAAUAACAAACUUGUAUGCCAUCUGUAAAUACAUUUUACAUUUACAUUUUAGUCAUUUAGCAGACGCUCUUAUCCAGAGCGACUUACAGUUAGUGAGUGCAUACAUUUUUCAUACUGGAAUAAAUACGAAUAAAAUGGUUAAAUUACGAGCCUAGUUGGUUUAGCCACGGAAAUGUAAGAAUGUGUAAGAAUGCUGUUCAUUGACUAUAGCUCAGCAUUCAACACCAUAAUACCCUCCAAGCUCAUCAUUAAGCUCGAGGCCCUGGGUCUGAACCCCGCCCUGUGCAACUGGGUCCUGGACUUCCUGACGGGCCGCCCCAGGUGGUGAUGGUAGGAAACAACACCUCCACUUUGCUGAUCCCCAUCACUGGGGUCCCACAAGGGUGCGUGCUCAGCCCCCUCCUGUACUCCAUGUUCACCCAUGACUGCGUAGCCAAGCACGCCUCCAACUCAAUCAUCAAGUUUGCAGACGACACAACAGUAGUAGGCUUGAUUGCCAACAAUGACGAGACAGCCUACAAGGAGGAGGUGAGGGCUCUGGGAGUGUGAUGCCAGGAGAAUAACCUCAAUCAACGUCAACAAAACAAAGGAGAUGCUCGUGGACUUCAGGAAACAACAGCAGAGGGAGCCCCCCCCCCCUAUCCACAUAGACGGGACCGCAGUGGAGAAGGUGGAAAGCUUCAUGUUCCUCAGCGUACACAUCACCGACAAACUGAAAUGGUCCACCCACACAGACAGUGUGGUGAAGAAGGCGCAACAGAGCCUCUUCAACCUAAGGAGGCUGAAGAAAUUUGGCUUGGCACCUAAAACCCUCACAGAUGCACAAUUGAGAGCAUCCUGUCGGGCUGUAUCACCGCCUGGUUCGGCAACUUCACCGCCCACAACCGCAGGGCUCUCCAGAGCGUGGUGCGGUCUGCCCAAAGCAUCACCUGGGGCAAACUAACAGCCCUCCAGGACACCUACAGCACCCGAUGUCAAAGGAAGGCCAAAAAGAUAAUCAAGGACAACAACCACCCGAGCAACUGCCUGUUCACCCCGCUAUCAUCCAAGGCAGCAGCUACUCUUCCUGGGGUCCAGCAAAAUUAAGGCAGUUCAUACAAUUAUAAAAACAUUACAAUACAUUCACAGAUUUCACAACACACUGUGUGCCCUCAGGCCCCUACUCCACAUCUACCACAUAUCUACAGUACUAAAUCCAUGUGUACGUGUGUGUAUAGUGCGUAUGUUAUCGUGCGUAUGCAUGUGUCUGUGCCUAUGUUUGUGUUGCUUCUCAGUCCCCGCUGUUCCAUACGUUUUUUUUUUUAAUCUGUUUUUUAAAUCUAAUUUUACUACUUGCAUCAGUUACUUGAUGUGGAAUAGAGUUCCAUGUAGUCAUGGCUCUAUGUAGUACUGUGCACCUCCCAUAGUCUGUUCUGGACUUGGGGACUGUGAAGAGACCUCUGGUGGCAUGUCUGUAUAUAUGCUGCCGACAUACAUAGAUUUGAAAUCACUGCCACUUUAAUAAAUGGAACACUAGUCACUUUAAUAAUGUUUACAUAUCUUGCAUUACUCAUCUCAUAUGUAUAUACUGUAUUCUAUACUAUUCUACUGUAUCUUAGUUUAUGCCGCUCUGACAUUGCUCGUCCAUAUAUUUAUUUAUAUAUUCUUAAUUACAUUGCUUUACUUAGAUUUGUGUGUAUGGGGUAUAUGUUGUGAAAUUGUUAGAUAUUACUUGUUAGAUAUUACUGCACUGUCGGAGCUAGAAACACAAGCAUUUCGCUACACCCGCAAUAACAUCUGCUAAACACGUAUGUGACCAAUAACAUUUUAUUUGAAAAAGACAGGAACCUUCCCGCUAGCCAUGAUUGGCUGAGAUGGAUGGGCUGGACAUGCCGAAAGAGUUCGGAUUGGUCUGCCAUGAAGCACGCUUCUGUCUAUAACAUGAGCUGCUCAGUAUGUGUAGGUAAUCCUUUCUAACGCGCUUUUUUGAAAGAUAUCACGAAGAACUGAAAAGUGUUGCUAAUGCUCUCCACUUUCUGGAGGACUGAGUUGAAAUCAGUGGAAUGCCUGGUGGAAGCAGAGUAUGAUAGCUAAGGAGAUGGAGAAAAUGCAGGCAUUUGAUUUCAAAUAUGCGGAGGGAUUUGUAAAGAGAACAUACAGAAGGCUGUUGUAUAAAACACCUAUCUCCAGAUUACAUCUUCAAACUAAGGGCAACCAUGGCAUCUGUGACAGAGAAGGAGAAGCGUUCAUCCAUGUAUACGGGUAAGAGAGUCUAGUUAGCUACAUUUUCAGAUAUUAUACGUCAGAAAGUCAUUUUCAUUGCAAGUUAAAGCGUACUGUUAGCUAGCUAGCUAACGUUAGCUGGCUGGCUCGCUGGCUGGCUGGCUCGCUAGCUAGCUAACGUUGUAUGUAUGGUAAUAUUCGUAUCUCAGAGCCAUUUGCAUUGCUAGUUAUAGCCUAAUGUUAGCUAGCUAGCUAAGAUUGAACCUAGUUGGUUAGCUUUAGCUACCUAUAGAUUCAUGCAGGGUGGUAAUGUUAUGAGUUGGGAUUAUGGUUCAUUGUUUAGCUAGCUACAUGUCUAAACAAAAGACACCGCUAUGCAAGUAAUCAUUUCACUGUACCGUUUACACCUUCUGUAUCCUGUGCAUGUGACAAAUAAACUUUCACACUUGCUCUACAUUAAUCCUUGGGAAACAUAUAUUUAGAAAAGGAAUACUUUAACCAAAUUGCCUAAAUGGAUUCUCUGAACAUUAUCUCACCAAGUUACCCCAUUAGGCAAACCAUUUACAGUAUUAAAUUGCCAAUUGUUGUAUAAUAAAUAUAACCUUUCACAUUGAACAGCUACAGUGCUGUUCUUUGUUUAUGCCCAUUUAGCAUUGUUCGCACCCUCUAAAGCCUUAGACCCACCCAUCUCUUAAGAAUUCACAUUGGAACACAUGUGAAUUUGGCCAUGUCCAAAGGCAGUGAGGUAGUGCUUAAAUUUUCAACAAUAAAAUACUUUAUUAACUUCAAGUGCUGAAGGUAGUAGCCUACAAUUAGGAACAAAUUAUAACACACAAACACAAAGGCUUAGGUAAAAACAAUAUCUAGGCCUAUGUUAUAAGAUCCUUUGAGUAACUUUGGUCCAGGUGAUGUUAUGAUAUGAACAAAGGAAUCUAGCCUGAGAGUAUAUUUCUGACAUGCCAUUUGGAGUAGGACAUGUAAUGGCCAUGGCCUUUUCAUUGCAAAAGUCCUGAUCUUCUCAAAAAUAUGUUUGCCGGGUUGUGUCCAGUCCGGGGGAUGCUUUCACAUCUCUGGGAAGAAGGACGUUAACAUUGCACAGGAGCUGAAACCUGGUUCCAUCUGAGUGAAAGCUCCUUGGCCACAACAACACCAGGCUCCUGACAAUUAAAGCUGUAAAGGAGGAAAGACAUUAAAACCUUGCAUACCAGCAAUAACAUUAAAUUACCCCCAAGUCCAAGCAAUAAGCUCAAAGUACACAGACAAAAUACCUGAAGUGUUGCUUGUUCACCCUCAAUCAUUUCCUUGUACUGGUGGCGGAGAGCAGGUUUAUGCUGGAAGACAAAUAAAUAAAAAAAUAGGUUUUAAAACAUGAAUUAAUUAAUGGCCUAUAGCUUGUUAUUGCCUGUUGACUGCUACAGCUGUACUAAAAUGCCCUGUACACACUUAACCUAGCCCAACAAUGGCAAUGCAGACACACGAUAACUAGCUAGAUUUAGCAAACGUUUAGCUUCAGAAUUACGAGCUGGUUAGAUGUAAAUGGUAUUCAUCUAGCUAGCCAGCUAGUUGAACAUGCAAAAAAAAAAGACCUCAAUCUAUAAUCCAAUAACUAGCUAGCCAAUUUAGCAUGUGUCCCUAUAACGUAACAUAGGGUUUGAUUUAGCUUGCUAAUCGAUUAGCAUUCUCACAACAGUGGCUAUUUUCGGUAGCUAGCUAGUUAAACAUGUCAAACUGGCAAACAAGAAAAAUAUUAUCAUCAUGUAAUAGCCUUAGCACAUCAGCAAUCAACAUUAACAGCAGAAUGCAACUAGCCAGCUCAGCUAGCUGUCUUAAUGUUGCUUCAUCCCGCAAUCUGUAAACAAUGGCUCAUUGCAGGACAAAGCAAGCCAUAACGGUACCUGUAUGCAACUGUCUAGCUAGCUAGCAAUGAAAACAACUUUUUGAUACCGUUGAGACAAUAACAUAUGUACAUGUAACUAUCUUGGCAUUUUAUCUGUAGACGCUUGCCGGUGUAUGGAUUAUGAUGAUUCACGGCAGACUGAAACACUUUUUUAAAUAAUCCUUCCCACUGUGCUUCAACCAGUCCAGAUUGCUUUAGCCACAGAAGACAGAGCAGUGUCGAUACCAGCAGUUGUAUACAGGAUAACACUGGUAUUGAAAGCUGUAGCUACACUUUGCAUGUAGGCCAAGUAAACACUUUUUUUAUGUUCAAAUGCCUCUCCUGUGAAGUAGUGACAUGCGACAUACGCCCAGCUUUCUGUAAAGGGUCACAUACGUUACGAAUUUGCAAAACGUAUGAUAUGUUACGAAUGCUAGCUGGCUAACGUUAGCUGGGUUAGGGUUAAGUUUAGGAAUUAGGUUAAAGGGGAAGGGUUAGCUAACAUGCUAAGUAGUUGCAAAGUAGCUAAAAUGCUAUAGUUGUCCGUGAUGAAAUUCGAACUCGCAACCUUUGGGUUGCUAGACGUUCGCGUUAUGCGUCCACCCCGACUAACCGCCCUACUUUUGUUUUUGCCUGAAGUAACCAUCUGUCUUAUGUAACCAUACCAAAAGUAACAUGUCAUACUAAUUUGUGUGUUCCGGAUUUACACUACCGUUUAAACGUUUGGGGUCACUUAGAAAUGUCCUUGUUUUCAAAAGAAAAGCAAUUUUGUUGUCCAUUAAAAUAACAUCAAAUUGAUCAGAAAUACAGUGUAGACAUUGUUAAUGUUGUAAAUGGUUAUUGUAGCUGGAAACGGCUGAUUAUUAAUGGAAUAUCUACAUAGGCGUACAGAGGCCCAUUAUCAGCAGCCAUCAGUCCUGUGUUCCAAUGACACGUUGUGUUUAUCAUUUUAAAUGGCUAAUUGAUCAUUAGAAAACCCUUUUGCAAUUAUAUUAGCACAGUUGAAAACUGUUGUGCUGAUUAAAGAAGCAAUAAAACUGGCCUUCUUGAGACUAGUUGAGUAUCUGGAGCAUCAGCAAUUGUGGGUUCGAUUACAGGUUCAAAAUAGCCAGAAACAAAGAACUCUUCUGAAACUCGUCAGUCUAUUCUUGUUCUGAGAAAUGAAGGCUAUUCCAUGCGAGAAAUUGCCAAGAAACUGAAGAUCUCGUACAACGCUGUGUACUACUCCCUUCACAGAACAGCGCAAACUGGCUCUAACCAGAAUAGAAAGAGGAGUUGGAGGCCCCGGUGCACAACUGAGCAAGAGGACAAAUUCAUUAGUGUCUAGUUUGAGAAACAGAUGCCUCACAGGUCCUCAACUGGCAGCUUCAUUAAAUAGUACCCGCAAAACACCAGUCUCAAUGUCAACACUGAAGAGGAGACUCCGGGAUGCUGACCUUCUAGGCAGAGUUGCAAAGAAAAAGCCAUAUCUCAGACUGGCCAAUAAAAAGAAAAGAUGGGCAAAAGACCACAGACACUGGACAGAGGAAGAUUGGAAAAAAAAUGUAUGGACAGAAGAAUCGAAAUUUGAGGUGUUCAGAUCACAAAGAAUAACAUUUGUGAGAUGCAGAUCAAAUGAAAAGAUGCUGAAGGAGUGCUUGAUGCCAUCUGUCAAGCAUGGUGGAGGCAAUGUGAUGGUCUGGGGGUGCUUUGGUGGUGAUAAAGUGGGAGAUUUGUACAGGGUAAAAGGGAUCUUGAAGAAAGAAGGCUAUCACUCCAUUUUGCAACGCCAUGCCAUACCCUGUGGACGGUGCUUGAUUGGAGCCAAUUUCCUCCUACAACAGGACAAUGACCCAAAGCACAGCUCCAAACUAUGCAAGAACUAUUUAGGGAAGACGCAGUCAGCUGGUAUUCUGUCUAUAAUGGAGUGGCCAGCACAGUCACCGGAUCUCAACCCUAUUGAGCUGUUGUGGGAGCAGCUUGACCAUAUGGUACGUAAGAAGUGCCCAUCAAGCCAAUCCAACUUAUGGGAGGUGCUUCAGGAAGCAUGGGGUGAAAUCUCUUCAGAUUACCUCAACAAAUUGACAACUAGAAUGCCAAAGGUCUGCAAGGCUGUAAUUGCUGCAAAUGGAGGAUUCUUUGACACAAUUAUUAUUUCUAUUAAAAAUCAUUAUUUCUAACCUUGUCAAUGACCACAUUUCCUAUGAAUUUUGGUAUAUUUCCUAUUCAAACUCAUUUCAUGUAUGUUUUCAUGGAAAACAAGGACAUUUCUAAGUGACUCCAAACUUUUGAACGGUAGUGUAUGUUUACUAUGUUACAUCUAGUCUAUGAGACUAGGCUGGGCCACCUGUGCUGAUUAGCUAUCUAGCGUGCUCCGAACACCUGUGUGUGAAUUUAACUGGGGAGGAAGUGUAGUUUGUCAACUGGAGGCACACACAUCUAGUGGAUCUGUGCAAAUAUGCUACAGUAAGUAUAUUUUAUUUGAAAGAUUAUUUCUCGCUGUCAUGAAAGAUAAGGGGUAUAUCAGUAUAUGUUUUGAAAACCGGUUUGGAAGAGAUGAUUAUUUACUUUCUAAACGUUAAAACACAGUGUUGUAAUUGUAGUUCACAUGGACGCAACAGUGGGUGAAUGUAUCCGCUGAAAACCCUACAUAUGGAGAAGGGUUUUCGAGAGUGUAGGGUUUUCGAGAGCAAUGAUUAUGGUGGCCCAAAGGGCGAUUGAUUGUAUGGUGUGCUGCAUGAGUAUGUGCUUUUAGCAACGCAAGUGUGUUUACAUAAACUAGCGUUGCUUUCAAUUGUAUUGGGUUGCACAGAAACAGUCCGUGGGAAGCCAGAAGUGAAAUACAAUUCCAUUUCAACAUACUGUGCCGGUGGGCAGGAUGGUUGGUCAUUAUGACGGGGGAAUUUGGAACAAAAUAUCUAAAGGAUCGUAUUAUUAAACAGACUUUCCAACGUGGGUCUGUUGUAGACCCACUUCCUCUAACCCUUCCCUCAUGUCAAAAUAAAAUUUCCCACAAGUUAUUCAUUUUUUUUUGUCCACAUAUGGAGCACGUGCAGGACUUUUAUUUUGACAGACCCACGUUUGGAAAGUCUGUUUAAUAAUACGAUCCUUUAGAUAAUUUGUCUCAAAUUCCCCCCGUCAUAAUGACCAACCGUCCUGCCCACCGUCACAGUAAGUUGAAAUGGAAUGGUAUUUAACUUCUGGCUUCCCACUGACUGUUUUUGUGCAACCCAAUACAAUUGAAAGCAAAGCUAGUGUAUGUAAGUUCAAUCUGUAAUGCAACAUAGGAAAUGUUGAACUGAACACACCCCUGGUUUGCUAGCCAGCUGUUUCAGCUAGCAAGCUGCCAUCCUCAAAGUCAGCUGUAAUGUUCUGUUACUCUAACUUGUUCUGUGUAUCUAACUUCACAGAGGAGCAGGCGAGGAACCGCUUUCAAUCAGAGCUGGAGUUUAUCCAAUGCUUGGCCAAUCCGAAUUAUCUGAACUGUGAGUGGGGUUAUCUAGCUAGCUAGCUAACAUAUCCUCAACUGUUUGUCACUCCGUACAACCAGACACUCAUUACUAUAACCUGUAGAUCUAGCUAGCAUUGUUUGUGACUUUUCUCUGUUCCUGUGUCCCUCCAGUUUUGGCUCAGAGGGGCUACCUGCGAGAGAAACCCUUUGUGAACUACCUGAAGUACCUACUGUACUGGAAGGAGCCUGAAUACGCCAAAUUCCUGAAGUAAGAUUCAGACUUUUGUAGUUCGUAAAAUAACACGUAAGCCCUCUCCCUCUGCAUCAUAUACACUGAGUGUACAAAACAUUAGGAACUCUUUCCAUGACUGAGACUGACCAGGUUAAUCCAGGUGGAAGCUAUGAUCCCUUAUUGAUGUCACUUGUUAAAUCCACUUCAAUCAGUGUAGAUGAAGGGGAGGAGAUAAUAAAAAAAUCAUUAUUUAAGCUAAGGCUUGAGACAAUUGAGACAUGGAUUGUGUAUGUGUGCCGUUCAGAUGGUGAAUGGGCAACACAAGAUUUAAGUGCCUUUUGAACGGGGUAUGGUAAUAGGUAGGGCUGUGGCGGUCACACAUUUUCGUCAGCCGGUGAUUGUCAAGCAAAUAACUGUCGGUCUCACGGUAAUUGACCGUUAAUUAACAUUUCGCAUCUCCUGGCUUCCACACACAGCUAUAUGAUGCAGACCUUUGGAACAUCUACACUACCGUUCAAAAGUUUGGGGUCACUUAGAAAUGUCCUUGUUUUCGAAAGACAAGCAAUUUUGUUGUCCAUUAAAAUAACAUUAAAUUGAUCAGAAAUACAGUGUAGACAUUGUUAAUGUUGUAAAUGGCUAUUGUAGCUGGAAACGGCUGAUUUUUAAUGUAAUAUCUACAUAGGCGUACAGAGGCCCACUAUCAGCAAUCAUCAGUCCUGUGUUCCAAUGGCACGUUGUGUUUGCUAAUCCAAGUGUAUCAUUUUAAAAGGCUAAUUGGUCAUUAGAAAACCCUUUUGCAAUUAUGUUAGCACAGCUGAAAACUGUUGUGCUGAUUUAAAGAAGCAAUAAAAUGGGCCUUCUUGAGACUAGUUGAGUAUCUGGAGCAUCAGCAAUUGUGGGUUCGAUUACAGGCUCAAAAUGGCCAGAAACAAAUAACUUUCUCCUGAAACUCAUCAGUCUAUUCUUGUUCUGAGAAAUGAAGGCUAUUCCAUGCGAGAAAUUGCCAAGAAACUGAAGAUCUCGUACAACACUGUGUACUACUCCCUUCACAGAACAGCGCAAACUGGCUCUAACCAGAAUAGAAAGAGGAGUGGGAGGCCCCAGUGAGCAAGAGGACAAAUUCAUUAGAGUGUCUAGUUUGAGAAACAGACGCCUCACAGGUCCUCAACUGGCAGCUUCAUUAAAUAGUACUCGCAAAACACCAGUCUCAACGUCAGCAGUGAAGAGGCGACUCCGGGAUGCUGACCUUCUAGGCAGAGUUGCAAAGAAAAAGCCAUAUCUCAGACUGGCCAAUAAAAAGAAAAUAUUAAGAUGGGCAAAAGAACACAGACUGUUGUGGGAGCAGCUUGACCAUAUGGUACGUAAGAAGUGCCCAUCAAGCCAAUCCAACUUGUGGUGGGGUGAAAUCUCUUCAGAUUACCUCAACAAAUUGACAACUAGAAUGCCAAAGGUCUGCAAGGCUGUAAUUGCUGCAAAUGGAGGAUUCUUUGACGAAAGCAAAGUUUGAAGGAUAUUAUUUCUAACCUUGUCAAUGACUACAUUUCCUAUGCAUUUUGCUAUAUUUCCUAUUCAAACUAAUUUCAUGUAUGUUUUCAUGGAAAACAAGGACAUUUCUAAGUGACCCCAAACUUUUGAACGGUAGUGUACAUUUUAAAAAGUCCAAAAAAAUACAUGUAAUAUAGCCUACACCUUAACAAUAAAUCCAUGAUUUAUUUUAGACCGGUCUAAAGAGGCAUGAUAUGAAGAAAAUGUAGUUAUUUCAGAAGAACAGAAUAGUGGACUCUGAGUUGUCCUGAUGUAUUUUGUAUUUAUUAAGGAUCCCCAUUAGCUGCUGCCAAGGCAGCAAUUUUCCAUCCAAGUUGUCAGACCCCGGUGGCUUGUCAUUGUUAAUAGACAACAAUAAUUUGUUCACCUCUUCCACACUCACUUUACGGAAUUCAAAAUUACAAUGCUUGUCUUUCAGAAUUUGGUCAGAUAUACUUGGAUGUGUAGUGUCAGCAAUUGUUGCUGGCAUGUCAUGCCUAAGUUUGCUAAUCUUGCCAAUGAAAAAAGUAUUAAAGUAGUUGGCAAUAUCAGUUGGUUUUGUGAUGAAUGAGCCAUCUGAUUCAAUGAAUGAUGGAGCUGAGUUUGUCUUUUUUUCCCAGAAUGUCAUUUAAGGUGCUCCAAAGCUUUUUACUAUCAUUCUUUAUGUCAUUUAUCCUUGUUUCAUAGUGUUGUUUCUUCUUUUUAUUCAGUUUAGUCACAUGAUUUCUCAAUUUGCAAUACGUUUGCCAAUCGGUUGUGCAGCCAGACUUAUUUGCCAUUCAUUUUGCCUCAUCCCUCUCAACCAUACCAUUUUUCAAUUCCUCAUAAAUCCACAGGGAUUUAACAGUUUUUACAAUCAUUUUCUUAAUGGGUGCAUGCUUAUUAGUAACUGGAAUAAGCAAUUUCAUAAAUGUGUCAAGUGCAGUGUCUGUUUGCUCCUCAUUACACACCACGGACCAACAUAUAUUCUUUACAUCAACAACAUAGGAAUCACUACAAAACUUCUUGAAUGACCUCUUAUACACAAUAUUAGGCCCAGCCUUUGGAACUUUGGUUUUCCUAGAUAUGGCUACUAUAUUGUGAUCACUACAUCCAAUGGAUUUGGAUACUGCUUUCAAACAAAUCUCUGCAGCAUUAGUAAAGAUAUGAUCAAUACAUGUUGAUGAUUUAAUUCCUGUACUGUUUGUAACCACCCUGGUAGGUUGACUGAUAACCUGAACCAGGUUGCAGGCACUGGUUACAGUUUGAAGCUUUCUCUUGAGUGGGCAGCCUGAUGACAGCCAGUCAAUAUUUAAAUCACCCAGAAAGUAUACCUCUCUAUUGAUAUCACAUACAUUAUCAAGCAUUUCACAUAUGUUAUCCAGAUACUGACUGUUAGCACUUGGUGGUCUAUAGCAGCUUCCCACCAGAAUUGGCUUUAGGUGAUGCAGUUGAACCUGUAGCCAUAUUACUUCAACAGUAUUUAACAUGAGAUCCUCUCUAAUCUUCACAGGAAUUUGGUUCGUUAUAUAAACAGCAACACCUCCACCAUUGGCAUUUCUAUAUUUUCUGUAAAUGUUAUAACCUUGAAUUGCUACCACUGUAUCAUCAAAGGUAUUAUCUAAGUGAGUUUCAGGGAUAGUCAGAAUAUGAAUGUCAUCUGUUACUAGCAAAGUAUUGAUUUCAUUAACCUUGUUUCUUAAGCUACAUAUGUUAACGUGGGCUAUUUUGAGCACUUUUCUUAUGGGAUGCUUACUUCUUUUUAUUGCUUUACUGGGAAGCUUAGCAGCAGUAGAUGUGCUCAUGUUCUUUAUGUUAGUGCACGUGAGCUGCACACAGUGGACUGCCUCCUCAGGUACACCGGCUCAGUGCUAACAGUAUAAAUCUGGUUCUUAGGCACAUGAUUUCUGCACACAAUAGCUGUAGGAUCAGCGGUGGCAUUCAGGGCAGUUAGAGGGACAUAAAUUAGGUUACUUAUAUUGUGACUACCGACGUCCCUGAUGUAAUGUACAUUUGCUGAAGCAUUUUGACAACUCUGUGUCACAAUGGUAGGGAUUAGCUGAGCUGGGCUUGGGUCAUUGCUAAGUCAUUGUCUCAACGCAGCCUUAUAAUGCUGUUAAAGGAUCCAGGAACCCAAAUGAUUUGGGUGGAUCCCAUCCUCCUUAUUUUACUUUUUUUUAAACAUUUUUAGUCAUUUAGCAGACGCUCUUAUCCAGAGCGCCUUACAGUUAGUGAGUGCAUACAUUUUUUUCAUACUGGCCCCCCGUGGGAAACGAACCCACAACUCUGGCGUUGCAAGCGCCAUGCUCUACCAACUGAGCUACACAGGGCCUUAUAAAAGUGUUUUGUUUCCAAAAGGUAUAGAAAUUGUCAACAAAAGUUACACCCAUUGAGCUGCAAUAAUCACGUAGCCAGUUGUGAAGAGCAAGAAUCCUGCUAAAGCGUUCAAUGCCACGAUUCAGAGAGGGCACAGGGACAGAUAUGAUGGGUUUUUUGUUAGUGUCUAGCAGAGAGUCAAUCAGCUCUUUAAAAUCCAGUUUCAACUGUUCAGAGCUGCCCUUCAUAAUGUUAUUAAAACCCACAUGGACUACGAUAGAAUCAAUUUCCAUGUCCUGACAUAGUACAUUCGGGAGCAGCUUAGUAAUGUCAUUUACUCGAGUUCUGGGAUAGGACAUUGUUUUUGCACCAGGAACAGUCACAUUUCUUACCAUGGAGCUGCCCAAAAUCACGGCUGGCGAGAAGGACGAGGAAAUCUGCCCACUCCCACGCUUCACAGGAUGCAGGCCUCCGACAGAUAGAGAAGCCCCGCUCGAUGCAGAGCAGGGACGGAAGGUUGCCGACGUCGACUUCGGAAUCGUAGUAGUAGGCACUGCGGCCACAGGCACAGACACCCCCAGCGACGAAGGUGCAGGAAGAUCAGGCUCCAGUACGGCGAAGCUAUUCGUUGUUUGUAUCCGCUCCGGGCCUCUCGUUGGGAGUGUAGACUGCUUUGCGGGAGGUCUUCGGCGUCCACGGCUCGUGACAUGCGACCAUCGUUGAUUGCCUUUCUCCUCAUACUGUGCUCCUUCAAUGGCGCUAUCAGAUGGUGGAGCUCCGGGCAACACCGGCUAGUCGGAUAACGGCAAACAACAAGGCGGAGAUGUAUCCAACAAGCGCAAACGCCGUCCAGCCACCGGCGUAGAAAAUGUAAUCAUUCCACUCUGCGUUUUCCCCAGUUUCUUACGUAGGCUGGCGACCUGCGUGAUCAAGGAAGCCACCUCAAGCCUAUAAUCCUCGGCAAGUAAACAAUUGCUGCAUCGGAAGUCCGAGUGAUCCGGUUUGUCCCGAAACAAAGCGUAAUAGAUACAGCUCCUACAGCGCUGGAACCGUUCAUUUAGUUCUCCAGAUAAAGAGGGCUCAAUUGCUAAACUCAUCAGGUACCAACUUCGUUAGCUUGAUGGCUAGCAGCUUAGCGUCUCUGUUAAGCAGGCUUCAACCUGUCUCUUGAUGGCUAGCAGCUUAGCUAGGUUAGCGGCUCUUUCACGCAGACUUUAACCUGUCAGUUAAGCGAGAUUCUGGGACAAGAGAUAGUGGUCCUAGCUGAUAAAAGCUAACCACGAUGCGGAAUCCAUGCAAAAACACGUUCGGUAUUUAUGUUUGUGGCAAUGCCAAAUGGCUGUGGGCUACACUAGUUAAUUUAGCAGACAAGAUUUGCUUAGAAUUCCGUGGCAUUAUUUUACAUUAUUUUAUAGUAUGAAGAAUACAAUUGAACAAAGUAACAAAAAUAUAAAUAUUUUCUCCAAAUGCAGCUAUUCUGUGUUGAGCGGUAAACAAAGAAAUAGGUACUCCUAUAUGCUUAAUUUAGAGUUAUUAAUGUAACUUUAGUUGUUCUACAAACGUUGGGCUAUAUGUUUUGAUUUUUAAUACAUUCUAAGGCUGCAUGAUGCGACUCUAAUGAUGAUUUGAAAAAAGUCGCUUGAAAGGCAUGAGCUCUACUUUGUUUUUUGCGCAGGCUGUACACACUUUAUUAGUCUCUCAUUGACAAUUUGACAAGCACUUGUUAAUGCCUUGAAUUUCCUAUUUGUGGCCGUAAUCAUGGGCGGCGCACAAUUGGCCCAGCGUCGUCCAGGGUAGGGGAGGGAAUGGCCGGCAGGGAUGUAGCUCAGUUGAUAGAGCAUGGCGUUUGCAACACCAGGGUUGUGGGUUCGAUUCCCACGUGGGGCCAGUAUAAAAAAAUAUGUAUUCACUAACUGUAAGUCGCUCUGGAUAAGAGCGUCUGCUAAAUGACUAAAAUGUAAAUGUAAAUGUAAUGCACCCUAAAAAACUCCAUGCCUUUGUUGUGCCCUUCUCCCUGAGCACGCGCUCUCCAUCAUGUGAUCGGGUCUUUCUCACAGGCUACAAGUGAAGACAGACACAUCGGGGAUGCAACUGUGCGCGUCCUUAUCCAAUUCCGAGGUGCAUAUUGAAGAUAUUGGAAGAACUGUCCACAUUUACUUUUCAUCAGCCAACAAGAUGAGUAGGCCUAACGAACAGCAAAAGUACAAAAGUCGACCUAUUGUAUUCUGUGCGAGAAAUAAAUCUUCCAAACAUAGUCUGGGACAGUUGUGGGAUACAAUAGAUCCCAAAUUAAUACUACAACCACUAGCAUCCCAAAAUAUGUUUUACGCAAUGUGGCUGACACAACAGAUCAAAACAUUUAGGUUAAAAUGUUGAUAAACUAUUAGGCUAUUUCUUCACAUUAUAAGUGUAGCAAUGCGCACAUGGCAGUAGGCUAUAAGCGGGAAUGUUCCAUUAGCGGGAAAACGCCAUUAUCAAAAGUGACCGCAAAUGCGAUUAUGCAUAUAAUGCUUUUAUUAUAAAGGUGCAUUUUUAUGGUGAAAAUUAUCUUCCCCUUGUAAAGCGGAUUAAUGUGCUUAAUUUUAAGACUUUCUUGGCCACUUUGGUUGUGAUACAAACCUUAUCAAAACACAUAGGCCUAUGGGCUAGGCUAAAUGAGGUGUGCAACUAUGAUUCGAAAAAGUUGCCAAAGAAAAGCCUUUUUCUUAUGCUGGACAUCAUUCACAAGUGAUAAUAUAUGUGAUAGGCUAAUAUUGUCACCUGACUAUUCUUGAUUUAAUCUUGUCUUUACAUAUACUAAAUAAUAUAAAUAUAUGAAAUUUGUUUUGAUUUAGAAUGGACCAUUAUCAUGGACCUGUCUCGAACAGGGGCAGCGGGAAAAAUACAUGUCAUCUAUGCACUUAAAUAGCGUGAUUCAUUUUCAUGCCCGCAAGGUAGGCUAUACUCCUGUUGUAAAGAUAAUCAAUGUGCUUAAUAUUAGGAAAGUCUAUAAAUAAAUGGAGAAGCCUAAUUACCAUGACUAAACGAUCAUGUGGAAUUUGACUGCCUUCAUUAUUCGUGACUGCCGGUGUGGCGGUAAUACGGUCACUGCAACAGCCCUAGUAGUAGGUGCCAGGCGCACUGGUUUGAGUGUGUCAAGAACUGCAACGCUGCUUGGUUUUUCACACUCAACAGUUUCCGGUGUGUAUCAAGAAUGGUCCACCACCCAAAGGUCAUCCAGCCAACUUGACACAACUGUGGGAAGCAUUGGAAUCAACAUGGGCCAGCAUCCCUUUGGAACGCUUUCUGACACCUUGUAGAGUCCAUGCCCCAAUGAAUUGAGGCUGUUCUGAGGGAAAAAAAGGGGGUGUAACUCAAUAUUACGAAGGUGUUCCUAAUGUUUUGUACACUCAGUGUACAUCGGUUACAGGAGUAUAACAGUAUGUAUGUAGAACAGUACCUAUAUAAAACUCUCCCUUUCUUGCAGAUACCCCCACUGCCUGCACAUGCUGGAGCUCCUUCAGUAUGAGCACUUCAGGAAGGAGCUUGUGAAUGCACAAUGUGCCAAGUUCAUUGACGAGCAGCAGCUACUGCACUGGCAACACUACUCCCGCAAACGCACCCGCCUGCAACAGGCCCUGGCAGAGCAGCAACAACAGCAGCAACAGCAGCCGCCUCACGGCAAUGCUACCAAAUGAGUGUGAGGGGGAGAGAGAGAGAGAAAGAGACUAAGGACGAGGAUGAAGGCAUGAUUGCAGGAGUCUGGACUCAAAUGGACAUGGCCUCAAAUGUCAAUUCAGCCUCCUGGAAAAGUAUGUGCUAUAUGGAUCAUGGGGAUGAAUCUCUUUUUUUCUUCUUGUUUAAGUUUCUGAAUUUGUAUAAUUAAAAACAUCUGACUUUUGUGUAAUAAAUAACUUUAGGUUAGAAUGCUGUUGCCUUGUGUUGUUUGGCCUCAGUAGAACAGUGGUGGAAAUAAAC